UGACAGCUACAAAGUGCAGUCUGAAGAGGAAGUGUUUACUGCUUACUCAGCUCCUCCCCUGUAGCCUGAGGCCUCUCUUUCUCUCUCUGUGUGAAUGUCUCGGUCAUUCUCUCGCUCCGCCUGUGAUAAACAGUCGCUGUCACUGAAGCCCGGUCACCGCUCCAGGAAGUGGUUUUGCCACAGGUGGGUGGAGCAGAGAGGGAAAGAAAGACAAGAAACCAAGAGCCUGGGAAAGAGAGAUAACCAGGCAGGGGAAACAGACUGGAAGUGGUUGUGUGAGAAUGGGAAUGACCGGUCACAAGGGUCUCUUUAGAUCAAUAUUAGAGCUACAACCUGUUCUGGUAGAAUCAACAUAGUGCUAGAGUUUGCUUAGGACUUAGUGCAGCUCUCACCCUCCUCUCCUCCCCCUCUCUACCUGUGACCCUGGAGCAGAGAGGUUCAGCCGUUCUCCAUGUGUGCCUGGAGAGAGUGGGCCAGCUGGAGCUGUGGCUGCAGGAAGCCCAGAGGAGCCUGGUAGCCGGGGGAGCUGCUGCCGGGGCAACCACCAUGCAGGACAGCGUGGAGCAGCAACUCCUCACCUGCCAGGACAUGUUCCUGGAGAUCGAGCGGAGGGUCUCCAGCCUGGCGGCUCUCGGUCCGGCGGCUGACCAGCAGCAGCAGGACGAGGCGGCCGAGCUGCUCUCCUCCAAACUGGAGCUCCUGAAAGCCAACCUGGUGUCCUUCCAGCAGCUUCUGCAGGACAGACAGGGAGAGGAGAGGACCCUCACACACACUGAGACACAGGGACAGAAGUCAGCAGCUCAGUCAGAGCGCCACCUGGAGUCCAGGCUGCAGCGCAGCAGCAGUGUUCAGGAGAUCUUCUCCUCUCCCAGAAACAAACUGCUCCGACAGAGCAGCCUGCAGCAGCAGAAGGAGUUGGAGCAGCAGCUGACGGAGCAGAGAGGUCUGACCCAGGCCAUCGCUCUGCAGGGCGGCAGAGGACGGCUCCACAGCCCGGACACAGAGGACCAGAGCCCGCUGUCACCACGGUGGCCUCCUGCUGGGUCUGCUGUGCACGAGGAUGCGGCUCACAGGAAGUGGGACGGCCUUCACAGCCGGCUGCUUUCUCUGGAGGAGAGCUGGCUGCUUCCCCCUUCAGAGGUGACAGACUCAUCUACGAGGCACAGUGAUGGAACAGCAGGACGCAUAAUUGGCACACAAACCCUGAAAGAGCUCCAAACUCACAUCAGCCAACUGAGAGAGCUGGGACUCACAGCGACAGAAACUCUGAGUCAGGACGGCUCCCAUGAGACGCUGGACGAGGGUUUGUUUCAUUUGCUGCACGGAGCGUCCCUGUCCCUGUCCUCCUUCAACAACCUGCUGCACUCACCUGCUGGGACGACACAUGAAGAAGACACUCAGCUGAGGCUGCUGCAGCUGCAGAGCCUGUCAGCAGCGCUAGCUUCCCUUGGCAGUGAGCUGUCCUCUCAGGGGUCAGAGGUCAGCCGUGUGCUGGGGUCAGAGCGCGGUCAGCAGUGUGUGGAGGCUCUGUGCAGAGUGCUGUGUGUGGUGCAGGCUGCUCUGAGCAGCAGAGAGCAGCAGCUCACACACCUGCAGGAGGAGGCGGCCCAGCAACAGAUACAACUGAAUGAGUUGCAUGCAGCCUUCACUUCUAACCAGGCGACGGUUCACCAAAUAAUUCAUGAAUUCAAUGGAUCUCUGGACCUUAACAAACAAAUGCAGGCUGUGGUUCAGAUGCAGGAGUCUCUGCAGCAGCAGGUGGAGCAGGUGAGCUCCCUGAUGGAGGAGGUGCACCGACACCACCUGCCUGCCUCCCUCAUCCAGCAGGCCUCACAGCUGCAGGAUGAGCUGGACACUUCUCUAGGUGGUGUUCGCUCCCGCUGUGAGGAGCUGAAGCACAGUGUAGAGCUGCAGCAGCAGUAUGAGCGUCUGGUCCUCAGCCUGCAGGAGCUGCUAGUUCUGGGCCCUGAACGCCUCGCGCAGAAGCCUGACGCAGAGCUCUGCGACAGAGCUCAUCUCCAGCAGCAGCUCAGCAGCCAUACGAAGUUCUUCCAGUUCCUGGGCCAUCACUUUAGGAUCCUGCAGAACCUGACCCACAGAGUCCCAGAGAGCGCCCUCCAGAGGUGGCAGGGUGUGGUGAUGGGCCUGCAGGUGGAGGUAGCCCGGCUGCAGCAGCAAGGACUGGACCAAGGGACCAGGAUGCAGGAGACAUUACAGAUGUGGUCGCAGUGGGAGGAGGACAGAGCCUGGUCAGACUCCCUGCUGAGUCCCAUUGAAACUUCAUCUAUCAAGUUGCACAAUGAGGGUAAUUCAGAGGAGCGGAUAUCAGAGAAACUCUCAGUCUACCAGGAGCUGCGUGGCGUUCUGCAGGAGAAUAAGGCGCGGUGCAGUCGGAUGCUGGAGGCGGGGCUCCGGCUGCAGGAGGCGGGCUGCAGAGGAGUGGGAGUGGCCAACAGCAAACUGGAGGCAAGAUGGAGAGCCCUUCACAAGAAGGUGGAGCGCCAACGCACACAUGUAGACAAGAAGAGGAAGCUAAGGAGCAGGUUUCUUCGUGACUCUGCUGUACUGGCUGACUGGAUGGGCGAGGCCAGAGAGAUGAUUGACAGAUGUCAGCUCUCUGUGUCAGCAGAGGAGGAGAUGGAUGUUGAACAGAGGCGUGAUCACUACUUCCAGUUUGUGGUUUUGACCAAAGGCAUGGAAGCAAAGUCUGGACUGAAGGUGGCUGUGAACGGAGCGGGAACCCAGCUGCUGCAGAUGAGGGAGGAAGAGGAUGGAGACUUAGAAAUAAAUCUAGAGGACAAAGAGACAUCAGACCCAAAUCUCUGCUCCAUCAACGCUCAGCUCAGACAGAUGGAGCUGGACUGGUCCCGCCUCCUGGCCGAUGUUCCUGUCACCCAACAAGCUCUGCAUAAGCGAUGGAUGCAGACGUUGACCCAGCAGGAGGCCCUGUCUGAGCUGCAGGCCUGGCUUCUUUCUGCUGAGUCACAGCUGGAGGAGCAUCGCAGCAGGAUCACACAAACCUCCCCCAACACUGAUCUGAGUCAGCUCCUGAAAUACUGCAAGGAGUGUCGGACAGAAAUGUCGGCCCAUAACGCCACACUGGACUUUGUGAGCCAGCUGCGACAGACCUGCAGUUCCGAUGAGGGCCAGAGGGGGCGCUAUGAACACAACCUGUUUGCAGAGGAGCAGGGUCGUCUCAACCAUCAGUGGCUCAGUCUGCAGGGAACUCUGCAAUCUCAGAUCCAGAAGGUGGAGCAGGAGCUGAGGAGCAGGGUGGAGCAUGAGGCCCGCCUGCAGCAGAUCAACAGCUGGAUCACAGAUCAGAUCCUCUGGAUGAAGUCUGCUCAGACACCCAGCAGCCAGACGGAGCUGCUCCAGAGCAUCAGCACCUGCCAGGAUCUUGAGGAGAAGAUCAGGCAGAGGUGUGAAGCUCUUCAGGAGAUGAGAGGCAAACUUGAUGGAGGAGAAAACAGCAGCUGUGAUUUAAUGUCUAAAACAGAUACAUCCAUCCAGGCCUGUGCAGCUCUCACACAACAGCAUGACUCAGUCAAACAGAGGCUGGUUGAGGCACAGCAGCUGUGGGAUUGUGUGGAGAAGCAGCUGAAGCAGAUGAUGCUGAAAACAGUGAGAAGGUCUCAGACUCUUGAGUAUCACAGCAGCCCUCAGCUCUGCCUGCAGGCACACAGAGAUCUGCAUGGAAAGCUGCAGCUUCUUCAUGAGGAGACAGCAGCUUCAGAGGCAGAGUGGGACAGAUUAAAUCAAAGCGUCUCCUCCCUCAAAGACAUCAUCAGUCCUACUGCUGAGACUCUCCUCACACAGCAGCUGGACAGACAGAGGGACAGUUGGACAGAAUCGUCCAGAGCGUUGGACCAGCAGGUCCAGAGGGGUCAGGACGUCCUGCAGCUGUGGGAGGUGUACGCCCGGCCGGCUGCGUCUCUCUCCGCCCGGCUGCAGACGCUGCAGAGCGAUGUCACCUCAGCACUGAGUGGAGCGCCUGGAGAACAGGACACUGUGGAGCAGCUCACUGUCAGGGUACACAACGCUCAGAGUCUCCUGGAGAGGACAGACUCUCUGCAGUCCGACCUGGAGGGGGUGCUGAAGGUCUCCAAGGACCUCACUGGUCACCUGGACCCUUUAGCUGCCAGUCUGGUCCAAUCAGAGAGCCGCUUGUUGGCACGUGGAGUUCAGCAGCUCGGCCAGAUGGUGGCGAGGAAGCUGGGUCAGCUGCAGGAGGAGCUUCAGCGGCUGCAGGAGUUUGAAAAGCGUCCUGAAGUCUCUGGAGGGAAACCUGCAGCUCUGGCAGGAGCGACUGCAGGAUGUGAGUCCCACCGCAGACCAGUCUGGCCUCCUCGAGCUGAGCGGCCUGUCAGCUGAUCUGGACGUACUGAAUGAGCAGAGCUGCAGCCUGACGGUCGGAGACGCUGCAGCGCGCCGCCUGCAACGCCUCAACAAUCGCUGGACCGAAACCUCCGCCCGAGCUGAGGAGACCUGCAGUGAGCUUCAGACGGAGGCUCUGAGGCGGCAGAGCUUUGAGCAGAAGUGUGAGAGCUGGAUGUCCUUCCUGCAGAGGAUGGAGGACAGCCUGGCUGUGGACGUGGCCGGCUCCUACACCGGCCUCAGACAGC